CAACGUGGCGUGUUCGGGCUUUCAUUCAUUCAAGGAUCAAUGAGCAAACGUUCUGGCAUUUGGUGGCUUUUCUGGAAAGCAGUCUCCUGUAGGCCGCUGUACAGGCCCCCGCAGCUGAUCAUAUUAUUUCAGCUGAUGUGCUGCACUCACCUUCAGUGCGCGCUCCACUAUGGACCGCAAGAGGGAUGACUGGCACAGGACGAGAAGAGAGAGGAAUGCCACAGAAUGACGGAGGACACGAGCACUAUGCUGGACAUCCUCGAGGAGCCUCACAUGCGAAGGGAAGGGGAGAGGAUUCGAACUUUUCACAACUGGCCAGCAGAUGCACCUGUCACAACUGGGGACCUGGCCAAGGCAGGAUUCUUCUUUGUGGGGCCCGGGGAUAAAGUCCAAUGCUUCUGCUGUGGAGGGAUUUUAAGAUGUUGGGUGCACGGGGACAGCCCGGCGGUCGAGCACAAGAGGCACUUCCCCACUUGCAGCUUCAUUCUGGGCCGGGCUGUGGGAAAUAUUCCAUUCCAGAUCGGAUCCUCCGACUCUGUGGACGGCCAGCUGUUGAGUCAACUCCAGAGGAUGACUAUGGAUGACCAGGGGACAGCUGGACAAGCGGUCUACCCAGAGAUGGAGGGGGAGGAAUCCCGGCUCACCACUUUCCACAACUGGCCCACCGAGGCCUCGGUCCAGCCAGAUGUUCUUGCCAGAGCAGGAUUUUUCUACACAGGUCACGGUGACAAUGUCAAGUGCUUCUACUGCGACGGGGGGCUGAGGAACUGGGAGCCGGGGGAUGACCCCUGGCAGGAGCACGCCAAGUGGUUUCCACGAUGUGAGUUUUUAAUCCAGUCGCGAGGGCAGGACUAUAUCAGCAACAUACAGGAUGCUCAUUUCCAUCUGGGUGAGACUGUGGGCGGAUCACAGACAACCACAGGCAGAGACAUCGGAUCCAGAAAUGAUAUGGUUGGAGGUCUGGCGGCUUCCUCGGCCAUGCUCUCUCCCGUGGUGCAGACCGUGCUGCAGAUGGGCUUUGAAGCCGGCCUGGUGGAGAGUCUGGUCCAGACCAAGUAUCUUCUGACGGGCCAGCACUACACCUCUGUGUCCGACCUGGUCACUGACGUCCUGCAGGCCGAGCAGGAGGACAGACAGAGGGGCUCACAGAGCAGAGAGCCUUCAGAGACGCGGCAGGGCUCCAGUUCCGGGAACGUGAGGACACAAACACCCAUCAGAGAGAAAGCAGUGAAGGACCCCAGCCCGGAGGAGCUGCUCAGGCAGCUGCAGGAGGAGAGGACCUGUAAGGUGUGCAUGGACAAACUGGUGUCCAUCGUCUUCAUCCCCUGCGGGCAUCUGGUGGUGUGUGGUGACUGCGCCGCCAGCCUGCGUCACUGCCCCAUCUGCAGAGCUGUCAUUAGAGGCAGCGUUCGCGCCUUCAUGUCCUGAGGCUGACAUGAGAAGCCACAGCUAUACAGGUGUUGCAUGAGUGGCCUUGAGUUGUUUUUCUCUCUCUCUCUGUGCUCAUUCUCCCACGUGCUGACGCAGAAUGAACACGAUUGCCGGUUUGCUUUUUACAUAUCAUUUUCUAUAAUAAACAUGUGAAGCUGU